UGCGCACUGACAGAGCUCUGCUCAGUAAGGGAAGGUGGGCCGCUGGGCGAGAGUGUGCUGGCACGGAGUCUGCUUCAGGAGUGAGAGAGCCUGCUGUCAUGGCGAGUAAGCCCAUCCUUCACUACUUCAGUUCACGAGGCAGGAUGGAGUCUGUCCGCUGGCUCUUGGCUGCAGUUGGAGUAGAGUUUGAAGAAAAAUAUAUUAAAACUCAACAUGACUUGAUAAAAUUAAAAAAUGAUGGGGAUCUGAUGUUCUGGCAGGUGCCCAUGGUGGAGAUUGACGGGAUGAAGCUGGCGCAGACCAGAGCCAUUCUGAACUACAUUGCCUCCAAAUACAACCUCUACGGGAAGGACAUGAAGGAGAGAGCCCUGAUUGACAUGUAUACAGAAGGUAUAUCAGAUUUGAAUGAAAUGAUUAUCCAUUACCCAUUCCUUCCACUUGGGGAGAAAGAUGCAAGCCUUGCCCAGAUCAAAAAGAAAGCAAGAAAACUUUAUCUUCCUGUCUUUGAAAAGGUGUUGAAGAGCCAUGGACAAGACUACCUUGUUGGGAACAGGCUGAGCAGGGCUGACAUUCACCUGGUUGAACUUCUUUACCACAUUGAGGAGCUGGAUAACGGCAUUGUGGCCAGCUUCCCUCUGCUGCAGGCCCUGAGAACCAGAAUCAGCAACCUCUCGACGGUGAAGAAGUUUCUGCAGCCUGGAAGCCAGAGGAAGCCUUUCGAGGACGAGAAAUUUGUAGAAGAACUAAAAAGGAAUUUCUUUUAAGUGAGGCUGGGUAUGGGCAAGCACAGCACACACAAUCUCUGUCUUCUAGUGUUUCCCAACAAUGAAGUGCCUUAUGUUGAUCCCAAUUCUUGUGAGGCUAACAAAGGUUUCCAAACUUUUUAUGCUAAUUUUGUUAGACAUGAACAAUGCCCAUGUAGUUGUACUGUUGCUGAUUUGGUUCUGAACACAUUUGAAAUCAUGAUCACCUCCUGAGAUACAGCCUUGACUUUAAAUAAAGUGGAGAAAAAUGUUUAGA